AUGAUUGAUAGUAAUAGUAUAAACCAAAAUUUAAAUAAUACUACUGUUCUUGAACGAUUGAAAAAUUCUAAUAAUGAUGAUGUGAUGAAGGUUGUCGAGAGUAGUCAAACACUAAAUGAUGAAAAUGGCCAUAAGAACCAUCAAGAGCAAGAAGAACAAGACCAAGUAGAAGAAGAUAUUGAUAAUAUUUCUACUGUAGGUUAUAUAUCAGUGAAAGAUUUUGCAUAUGAUGAAUCAAAUCCAUUACAUUAUGGUUAUUUUGAAGAUGAACAAGAUUUUGAAAAUGAGCAUUCAAAUAAUAAUGACGACAGUAAUAGUAAUAAUAUUCAUACAUUAAAUGGUAGUAUAAUAACAACAGAAGUUAUAGAGAAUCAUAAUGUAAAUGAGGAGUAUGAUAACGGUUUUUCUCAGAGACCUCAGAGUUUAAUGAUCCCAGAUGAUUAUAUAAUAAAUCAAAAGGCGAUAGCUUUAUAUGACUUUGAACCAGAAAACAAUAAUGAAUUAGAACUGAAAGAAGGAGAUAUAGUUUUCAUUAAUUAUAGACAUGGUCAGGGUUGGUUAGUAGCUGAAAAUUUAGCAAAGACUAAAACUGGAUUUGUACCUGAGGAAUUUGUGUCGUUUCUAGAUUCAAAUCAAUCUUCCAAUGAUAAUCAAGAAGAGACUAACCAUAAGGUUACUGACAUUGAUAACAGUACUGAAGACAUACCAAGACCGUUUUAUUUAACUGAACUUAUAUCAAAAAAUUUACAGCCUGACAAGACAAAUGAUGAAGACACAUCUACCACUAUUAAUAAUAAAACAACUCAAUCCGAUGAUGAAUGGGAAGAUAUUCAAGAUGAUUUCGAUGAAAAAUUAACAAUAUCAGAAGAACGAAAACUAUAA